GGGGCCUAGUUGGGAGGCGGAGCUUGAUCGCGUCGCUCGGCGGCCGGGCGGCGGGGGAGGCAGAGUGUUCUUGCAGGUGUUUUCUCUCCCGCCUCUCGUGACCCCCCCCCACCCCAGCGCCGUGCGGGCUGCCGAGGGAGCGCCUUUGUGCCCGGCCCCGAGAGCCCGCGACGGCUGCUACGCACCCGGGUCCAUUGUUUCGCUUCUCUGUCUUCCGGGCAGGUGCCCGCAGCGCCCGCACGUGCCAAAGCGGCAGCAGGAGAGCAGGGACCCGCGGGCGCCGGCAGGGGCGUCCCGGGCGCGCGGCUGGAGAUGAAGUACCUGAAGCCUUGGUGGUCGGACGGCGGCGGCCUCCUGCACCUCACCAUCCUGCUGAGCUUGGCGGGGCUCCGCCUGGACCUGGACUUGGACCUGGACCUCUACCUGCUGCUCCCACCGCCCACCCUGCUCUGGGAUGAGCUGCUGCUGGCCGGAGGCCGGACGAGCUCCGCCUACGCGCUCAGCCCCUUCCCAGCCUGGGGAGGGUGGGGGCGCGCGGAGCAGCUGCACCCCAAAGGCCGGGAGCCGGACCCAGCGGCGGAUCCCGAGGGCCGGCUGCUUUGGGAGGUGCGCGCGCUGGGGGUCCCUUUCAUCCCCCGCACCCGAGUGGAUGCGUGGCUAGUGCACAGCGUAGUGGCCGGGGACGCCGACGGGGCCCACGGGCUGCUCGGCGCCCCCGCCGCCGCCUCUUCCGCGGGAGGAGUCGGCGCCAGCUUGGAAGACAGCAGCCAGGCUGCACCCGGGGAUGGCGGGGACCCCCGAGCGGCUGCAAGUAGCCCCUCGGCCGCCGGGGAAGAGGAGAAGGCGCCAGCAGAAUCGACGGCUCAGGUGCUGGACGCCGGCGGCCGCGCGAACCAGGAGAAUGAAGUACUGAGAGAGAGGCAUGAAGCUAUGUGUCACAACUCCCAGAAUGAGGAAAAUGAGCAAAGAGUAUCAGCCCAAGAAAAAUCACUACAGCAGAAGAAUGAGGAUGAAAGUAAAAUAGCAGAUAAACCUGACUGGGAGGCAGAAAAGACCACGCAAUCUAGAAAUGAGAGAUCUCUGAAUGUGACAGAAACGGCUUUCUCUCUGGACGACUUCUCUCAGAUGCUUUUGUCACAGCCUGAAAAUUCACUGGAGGGCAUCUCACUUGGAGAUAUUUUUCCAGGUAGUAUCAAUGAUGGCAUGAAUUCUUCAACAUGUAACAUAAACUUUAGCCAAGCUAUAAGUCAUGAUGUGAAUCUCCAUGACGCCAUGUUGCUGUGUCCUGACAAUACAUUUAGAAGAGAAUCAACAGCAAGGACUUCACAACCAGAAGAACCAUUUCUGCAGUCAAAUUCUCGUAUUACCAAUCCUGAACAGACCCUUCCUGGAACCCAUCUGACAGGAUUUCUUCCCCUUGUUGGCAAUCAGACAAGGAAUCUAAGUCAAGACCUUCUACAUGACCUUGAUAUAAGCAUAUUUGAUGAGACAAAUUUAAUGUCCUUGGCCACGGAAGGUUUUGAUUCAAUGGAAGUGUCUCAGCUUUUUGAAGAACUGGAUUCGGAUUCUGGGCUUUCCUUAAAUUCGAGCAACAGUACCUCUGUCACCAAGUAUAAUUCCUCUUGCUCAAUGUGUGAAGGCGGCGCUACAGGUUAUAGUGACCUGGAAGGAGCUGUAGGAGGCUACUACCCAGAUCCCAGUAAGCUUUGUCACGUGCGUCGGAGGAAUGAUUCUGCCUUUCAACACAUACAACAUAACCACACUUACCAUGUAGAGCCAGGUGCUCUAGAUUCUACCCCUACAUCUUUUUCACAGCAUGGGAAGUCACAGAAAAUAAGCAAGCACCUGAAUGACACAGACAGAAACUUAAGUCGAGAUGAACGACGUGCUAAGGCUCUCCAUAUCCCGUUUUCUGUAGAUGAAAUUGUCCGCAUGCCUGUUGAAUCUUUCAACAACAUGCUAAGCAGGCACUACUUGACAGAUUUACAAGUGUCACUCAUGCGUGGUAUUAGAAGAAGAGGGAAAAAUAAAGUUGCUGCUCAGAACUGUCGUAAACGUAAACUGGAUAUAAUUCUGAAUCUCGAAGAUGAUUUAUGUAACUUGCAAGCCAAGAAGGAAAUCCUUAAGAGAGAACGAGCCCAGUAUAACAAAGCUAUUACCACAAUGAAACAAAAACUGCAUCACCUGUAUCACAGUAUUUUUAGUAGGUUAAGAGAUGAUGAUGGUAGGCCUGUCAAUCCAAACCACUAUGUUCUUGAGUGCAGCCAAGAUGGAAGUGUUUUGAUUGUACCUAAGGAACUAGUUACCUCAGGCCACAAAAAGGAAAACCGUAAAGGGAAAAGAAAGUGAAGAGAAGAAACUUAAGGUGGAUUCCAUUAUGUAGAAGUUAAACUGAUACAUGGCCACAAACCACUGAAACUGCUUCAAAGUAUUAUCUUUUACUACUGCUACUUGAAUCACUCAGGACAUUUUGAAACUCUUAUGGAUUAAAAGUUUGUGGGAAAUUUUGGGGAAGCCACAACUUUUCAAUCAAGUCCAACUAUAUUUAUGCAGAACUCAAAUAUCUAUGUACAAAGAACAGGGUGA